AUGUAUUUCAUACUUCGUCGCCGUUCUGGAAUGUUCGCUUGCGUGAGCGUCCUGCUGCUCUUCGCUGUCGCGACAGGCGACCAUCAGCUGGACGGGCUUGUUGACGAAUGUGAGUGUAACAUUAACGACAUCGCGAACUUCAAUUCAUUCCGGAUCUACCCCCAGAUCCAGGCCAUAGUCCGCAAAGAUUACUUCCGAUACUUCAAAGUGGACCUGACUCGCGAGUGUCCUUUCUGGCAUGACGAUUCGAAGUGCGCGCUCAGAGACUGUUCGGUCGAAGUUUGCGAUGCCGACGAUAUCCCUUUCGUCAAAGCGGAGAAGCUCCGGCUCGAGUCAGGCUCCGGUGACUUUGAAGACGAAGUAUCCCUCGAGAGUAGUCAACCGAAAGCUCACGACAGCGAGGACAAAGCCGUGGAGGAUCUGCCAUACUACGAGCGAGCAAAAACCGGAAGCGUCGAGAGCGUUCUACUCGAGACAACAGCUACGUCUCCACCCAAGGUGGAGAAACCUCACGCCUCAACCCAGAACGUCAUGCCGACAACGACCAGUGAGGUGAAAAUCACCAUGGCUACAACGGUGCAACCGACUCGCGACUUGAACACAUCUGAGAAACAUUCUAUCGAUCAGUCGCAGGCUCAGAACACGACAGCAGGCGACACCCGCAGCGUUAUAACACAGAAAGACCGAGAACCCGACAAUGAAGCGUCCUGCAAGGAGGACAAUCGAACGUUGGGCAAGAUCGAUGUCACCAUUUCGGAAGAGAGUCUGAAAGAAUUCGAAAGUUGGAAGAAACACGACGAUUCUCAGCAAGACUUCUGUUUGUUCGACGACGAAAACUCUACAAAUGCGAGCUACGUAGACCUACUACUUAAUCCCGAGCGGUUCACCGGCUAUGCGGGUCCGUCAGCGAAUCGCGUCUGGAAAACUAUCUACGAUGAGAACUGCUUCAAGGGUCCCAACGGGAGUCCGUUCGAGUUGAAUCAGAUGUGCCUCGAGAAGAGGGUCUUCUACCGGGCGAUAUCUGGACUCCACAGCUCGAUCAACAUCCAUCUCUGCGCCGAGUAUUACCUCCCCAAAAUGGGAAAAAUCGUCCUGCCGGGCGAACCGAUGUGGGGUGCGAACCUCGAAGAGUUCAACCUGCGCUUCUCUGACGAGCGAACACACAGCGCCGGAUCAAGGCGUUUGAAGAAUCUCCACUUCCUUUACCUAUUGGAGCUACGCGCGAUAAACAAAGCGUCUUCGUAUCUCAGCCGGGCGCCCUUUUACACUUCGAGACCCGAGGAUACAGUCGAGACGCGAGUAGCAGUCGAUAAGUUCCUGAAAACGGUCGGAGAGUUCGGAUCGCAUUUCGAUGAGCGCAAGAUGUUUGUGGGAACGAACGCCGAGUCUCGUCAGCUGAAAGAAGAGUUCCGCCAACACUUCCGUAAUAUUUCAUCGAUCAUGGAUUGCGUAGGCUGCGACAAGUGCCGACUCUGGGGCAAACUGCAGACGCAAGGACUCGGGACCGCUCUGAAAAUUCUAUUUUCAUCAGAAGGCGAGAUAACCGCUCUCACCCGAACCGAGAUCGUCACCCUGUUCAAUGCGUUUUCCAGAUUGAGCAACUCAUUGAUACAAUUGGAAAACUUCAAGAAACUGAAUAGGCUGAAAGCUACCGCUAAGGCGUCCCAGUUCGGGCUGAAAAUGGAACUUUGAGGUUCCAGGAUUACGAAAGCCGCCUCGAUCGGGCUUAUCUCGCUCUCGCAUGGUUCCGCUGGCCUACCGUCGACUACCGUUGACUAAGAGUCUGUCAGAGACAGUUGGUGGUUUCCUGAGAAGCAUUUGUAAUUUCAAUUUGUGAUCAAGCUAUAUACAGUCGACGAAGACGAAAAUGGAUGCUCAGAAGACGUCCCCGCUUGACAAGCGCAGCUGUGACUUCAAACCGCACACUAUCCGCACCCUUUCCCUGACAUCCACGCGUCCUUCAUCGCCAACAGCUACCUCGAGGACUGUCAAGACAACGAUUUGUACAAAUGUGAAUAGCUUCAUAUACACGAAUUUUCUGUCUAUUUACGGCAGGACCAAAUUCUCCUUCGUUUCACCUGCGACCGUUUCGCUCACAGCCUGGAGACAGAUGGGGGAAGUUUGUAAAAAAUAAAUUAUUAGAUGUUCGACACGCUUUCCGGGUGCUUCGACAUGAUGAAAGAUU